UCGAAAGCUCGGAGAUGGUGGGAAAGAGUCCGAAGCAGCGCGUUAUUCGUAUCAAUUUAAAUACAACUUGAGACCUUUUUUCAAUUAAUUUUUGCAGUUUCCUUGUGACUUUGAGACAGUUAUGGUGUAUAAAAGCACCAUUAGACGUUAGACCUUGGCAUCAACCAACUCUCUCUCUCUCUCCCUCCUCAAAGACCCUUCUUCUCCAUAAUUGAUCUUCUCAAUUCACUUCAUUCAUUGAUUCAUUCUUUUAGUCUGUCUGAUACUUUAAAAUCUCCGAUGGAACACUUGUUGGGUCUUCUCAGAAUUCAUGUCCACAGAGGUGUAAACCUUGCUGUCAGAGAUCUCAAGAGCAGCGACCCUUACGUUAUUGUUAGAUUUGGCAAACAGAAAUUAAAGACUCGUGUGAUAAAGAGGAAUCUCAAUCCCGAGUGGAAUGAAGAUCUGACACUCUCUGUCUCAGACCCAAAUACUCCAAUCAAGCUAAUGGUGUACGACAAGGAUACAUUCACGCCCGAUGACAAAAUGGGAGAUGCAGAGUUUGACAUUAAACCAUUCGUAGAAGCUGUGAAGAUGCACUUGCAAGACCUCCCUAAUGAAACCAUAAUCACAAAAAUUAAACCAAGCCGGGAAAACUGCCUUGCUGAAGAAAGCUGUAUUAUCUGGACAAACGGCAAAGUUGUCCAAAAUUUGGUUCUGAAACUGCGAAAUGUCGAGCGAGGUGAAGUAGAACUCCAGCUGCAGUGGAUUGAUAUUCCAGGUUCUAGAGGUCUGUCCAUGUAAUGUGCUUGGCCUGUUUAUUGCUGGGUGUGAUGUACAGAGUUUUGAAGUGUAUAGACACCAACACCAACUGAGCAUUUCACCUAGUUUCCUUUUCAUAUACAUGAAGAACAGAGUGUUGAUUAUUAUAUGUGGUAUUUUUCUCACAAGUAUUGAUUUCAACAAAAUGGCUAUAUGUAAAGAGGCGGAGACAUUCUUUCAUUCUUUGAAUCCUGUUCUCUCAU